ACUGCAGCGGCGCGCGGCGGAGGGCUCUGAGGCGGGCGCCAACGGCCGGCGCCGGGGGGCGGCAGGCGGCGCGGGAGCGCGGCCUCGAGGGGCCGGCCUUGCUGGGGCCCGUGGCCCUGCGUCCUCUGGCCGAGGUCUGCCGCUCCUGCGGACGCCGCGGGGCCGCAGCCGUCGGGCGGUGGGCGCCCGAGGGGCCCGGCGGCGACCCGGGGCCCCCAGGCGGGGGCGGGCGUCGCGUCCACAGCCAGCGUCCCCCGAGGCCGCGCUCCGGCCAUGAUCGACUCGGUGAAGCUGCGCCGCGACAGCGCGGCCGACUUCUUCUCGCACUAUGAGUACCUGUGUGCGCUGCAGGACUCGGUGCCGCUGCCCGCCGUGCGCGCCUCGCUGCGGGAGGGCGUGCUGGACUUUAACGCCGACCGCCUCCGCGUGGUGGACUGGGCGCCGCUCCUCAGCACCCUCAAGAUGAAUAAAGAUCUGCCCCUGAUCUGUAUCAAGAGCUUCUUCCAGCCGUGGCUUGGCGAGACAGGUUUUGACAGAAGUAAAGUUUACAGAAGUCGUGUUCCUGCGAUAAGAAAUAAAGAUGUGACCUUCCAGUUGUGUAAAGCUCUUAAAUGCUGUUUAAGUGCGUCAGGUGCGCUAAGGAACCUGGAGCUAAAUGGGCUAGUCCUGAGAGAGAGAGACUUAACUAUGUUAACAAAGGGAUUGAAUAAAUCGGCCACUUUGGUGCACCUGUCUCUUGCGAAUUGUCCGAUUGGAGAUGGAGGUUUAGAAAUUAUUUGUCAAGGUAUAAAGAACUCUAUCACUCUUAAGACAGUAAACUUCACGGGGUGUAAUCUGACAUGGCAGGGAGCAGAUCACAUGGCCAAGAUCUUAAAGUAUCAGACCAUCAGAAGGCACGAAGAAACCUGGGCUGAGAGUCUUCGUUACAGGAGACCUGAUCUUGACUGCAUGGCUGGUUUGAGGCGCAUCACUCUGAACUGCAACACGCUCAUUGGUGACCUUGGCGCAAAUGCUUUUGCAGAAUCUCUUAGUGAGGAUUUAUGGCUUAGAGCACUUGACCUGCAGCAAUGUGGCCUCACCAAUGAAGGAGCAAAGGCUUUGCUAAAGGCCCUUGAAACCAAUAGAACUCUGGUCAUUCUGGAUAUAAGAAAAAAUCCACUCGUUGAUCAUUCUGUGAUGAAAGCAGUUAUCAAAAAAGUUCUCCAGAAUGGAAGGAGUGCCAAGUCAGAGUACCAGUGGAUAACUUCUCCAUCGGUGAAGGAACCAUCCAAAGCUGCUAGACAGAGAAAGAGAACUAUAAUUUUGGGAAGUGGUCGAAAAGGAAAAGCUACUAUUAGAAUUGGAUUUGCCACAAAGAAACCUGUAAGUAAUGGAAGGAAAGCCUCCACUGGUAAAGAAUGUUAUGCUCCUGAACCUCUACCACCUGGUGUGUCUGGUUUCCUGCCAUGGCGUACUGCAGAACGUGCGAAAAGGAACAGGGGUUUUCCAUUAAUCAAAGCUCGUGAUGUGUGUAAUCAGUUGCAGCAAUCAGAAUUUCCUGUGACUGUGACUGUAGAGAGUCCUUCCUCCUCAGAAAUUGAAGAGGUCGAUGAAUCAUCAGAAAGUGUUCAGGAAGAGCCAGAGAAAAUCAGUUUGAAACAAGAAGCAUUGCAGGAAAAACUGGAGGAGUGCCUAAAGCAGUUAAAGGAGGAAAGAGUAAUAAGACUUAAGGCUGACAAACGAGUCAGUGAGCUGGAACAUGAAAAUGCCCAGUUAAGGAAUAUAAAUUUCUCUUUGUCUGAAGCCCUUCAUGCACAGUCACUGACAAGCAUGAUCCUGGAUGACGAAGGUGUUUUGGGCAGCAUUGAGAAUUCUUUUCAGAAGUUCCACGCUUUCUUGGAUCUCCUUAAAGAUGCUGGGCUUGGACAGCUGGCCACAAUGGCUGGUAUAGAUCAGUCAGAUUUUCACUUACUAGGUCGUCCCCAGAUGAAUUCUACUGUUAGUAGUCCACCUAAAGAAGAAAAGAAGGCACUUGAAGAAGAAAAAUCAGAAUCAAAGCAGAGUGCCCUAGGACAAAUGCAGAAUAUCCAAGUUUCUAUUUGUAUGCAGUCAGCUUACAAUGAAGGAACACUAAUGAAGUUUCAGAAAAUUACAGGUGAUGCUAGGAUUCCUUUGCCUCUCAACUCCUUCCAUGUCCCAGUCUCUACACAGGAGGCCUUAGAAACUUCCAAAGACAGCCCAGGGGUCCCAGACACAGAGCAGCGGCAGGAAUCUUUUGAAGAUUUCAUUGCUAGAACGUGUUCUCCUCCAGCAGAUGUAACUUCUGCAACUGGAAGUCAAAGAAAAGAAGAGGAAUUAUCUAGAAAUAGCAGGUCUUCUUCAGAGAAAAUGACCAAAACAGCGGCUGCAGAGAGCUUGUGUGGGUGAGUUCUGCGAGAAGAGCCCCCGGGGCAGGAAAAUCCCGGCCUCAGAGGUCAGAACCCACUUCAGGUCUUUAAAAGCCCGAGGAGGCGGGCAGAACCGGGAAGAGGCUGCGGUCCGCACCACCCACCCCCAGCCCAGCCUGGACAUGUUGAAUUUUAAAGCACCUGUAGAAUUCAGGAGAUAACUGGUAGAUAACUGGACAUGAAUGUGAAGACAUGGAAAGAUAAAAAUUUGAAUGUCAUCAACACAUAUAAGCAGUAGUUAAAAUCAUGGAAAUGGGUGAGAUUUCAGAGAACUGUGGGGACUGUCAAAGUUUAAGUAAUAAGCAGAGAAAGGAUUCUGGGAAGGAGAGAAGUGACAGAGUUUCAAGAAGGAGGAAAUCAAUGAUGGUGUCAUACUUCAGAGAAUGUAAGUGUCCACUGGAUUUGGCCCGUUAGGUCCCUGGUGACCUUAGAGCGGUUCAGUGAAGUGUUGGACAAGAAAGCCAGACUUCAGUAAAGUGAGGAGGGGAUAGGGCUGCCUGUGGGGGUGGGGCAGAGGAAUAGUGAAGACAGUGGAAUCGGCUACUCUGAAGGAGUUUGGAUGAAAAGAGAAAAUAAUUCGCAAAAAAAGAAUUUUUUAGAAUGAGAAGGACAUAUAUUUUAUAGGUUGAAAUGAAGGAACCAAUAAAGGAGCUCCUGAAGGUGUAGAUAAGUAAUUUAGAGAAUUGGGGAAGCAUGGAAAUGUGGGUAAGAAAAAACCUUGCACAGUAUGUAAAAGUCACUUGUAUCCCUAGAGUUGGAUGGAUACUGGUAAGUUUGGAGGGAAAUAAAGGUAAGAAGAGGUAGAAGUUAAAUGAGUUUAUACUGACAGCUUCAGUUUGCUUUGACACAGAUUUUUCAAAGACACAUAUGUGCAUAUACAUCAUUAUAGUUUUAAAAUUCUUUCAUAUUUUACGUUUUAUCGAUCAUUUGAAAUAAUUUCAUUAAAAUUAUAAAAAUGGG